AUGGUGGAGACGCUGAGCAUCGCGGUCAUCGGAGCGCCUGGAGUCGGGAAAACUUCUAUCAUUCGUCAGUUUAUUUACAAUGACUUCUCUGAGGCUUACACACCCACCCAAACGCGCUACGUGUACAGACCUUCUGUUAUUCUCAAUGGUGUCAUGUACGACCUAAAGAUUUUGGACGUCCCGCCAAUUUCCUCCUUUCCUUCAAGCCCGAGUCAGGAAUGGUUGGAUGUACGGUGUAGAGGAGUCCGCAGUGCAAACGCCUAUGUUCUGGUUUAUGACAUCUGCUGUGUGGAGAGCUUUGAGUAUGUCAAGAUGAUCCGACAGCAAAUCGUGGAUAGCAGAGUGUCCAGCAAUAGUGAAGUACCCAUCCUGGUUGUGGGCAGUAAGAGGGACCUGCAGCGUCACAGGUUUACCCAGCGCAGGGCCGUGUCCGUCCUGGUAAAGAAGACCUGGAAGUGCGGUUACGUCGAGUGUUCCGCCAAGUAUAAUUGGCACGUGCUUCUGCUCUUCAAAGAGCUCCUGGGAAUCGCCGUGGCACGGGGACUGCGUCCAAACCACACCUCUAUUCGCCUGCAGGGGGCAUUGCAGAGGAACCGCUGUAAUGUCAUGUGA